AUGUUCUGGGACCGCAAAAAGGAGGAGACUGCCGCGGACAAUGUGGCCCAUACCAUACAGCGACGGAAGCUAAAGCCGGAGCUGCAGAAGCUUGUCAACCAGGAAGAAGAAUUCCUUGAUGAGCUGUACGAUGGCCGGUAUGGACAACUCGAAUCCCUCCUUCCUCGUGUUUACUUUUGUUCCGCCGAUUCUAUCGAAACCCCCUAUCGGUAUGCCGCGUAUGCCACACGCAUUAAGACUCUUCUCCUUUCAGCCCACCGAUAUGUGGCAUACACAUCCGACAUUGGCGAAUCCUUCAGGCCCGUAGCCCAUCCCUGGCUUGUUAGGAGCGCAUACGGUAUCUCUUGGGCCUACAUCUUCGGCGAUGUUGCCAAUGAAGGUUAUAAAGCAUAUGUACGCAAUUCUCAUGUGUUCAUUCCACAGGAUGAUGCAUACCGCAGUGCUGUAGCACCAUUGGCCAAGUCUUCCGAUGUCGAUACCCAUGUCGUUGCUAAGGAAGGAUUGCGACGACCCCAAAAAGCGUUGAGGGAUGGCAAGGCGAGCUCUGACCGUCACCCAAUGCCAUGGCAAGAUCCAGAAGCGGAUACAUUGACACCCUGGCCGACGCACAAAAUUCCUUUAAGCGAAGAUUUUCGAUCUAUUAUGGCGGAGCGGGCAGUAUUCCAAAUUCUGGCGAGUAUGGGUUUGCCAGCCUUCACUAUCCAUUCUGUAGUCAAGUACUCUGGGCGAGCGUUGAAAGGAAUGAAGAGCACGUUCUUCAGAACGUGGGCGCCUAUUGGGCUAGGGCUAUCUGUCGUUCCCUUCCUUCCAUACGUUUUUGAUAAACCUGUCGAAGAGGCGGUGUCCUGGACUUUUCGCAAGGCUUUUCUCGCUAUCGAGGGUCCCGGCGCAGUUCCAGCCAGCGAAAUUGAGGGGAGCACCGUUUCGAAAGCCAUUGAAUCCUUUGAAGAGAGGCGACAGCGUCGAAGAGAUGAGCGUGAUCGCAGACGGGCUGAACGAGAAGCGCUGCUACACAAUACUAAGGAUGAAUAG